AUGCUAAGAACCUGCCUGAGAAGGCCUUGUAUAAGGAUCACUCUUCCAAAAGUAUGUCCAGUACUGCUGGUGAGGAAGGAGAGUCUCCACAUAAGUACUGGAUCAAAAGUUGAAAAGGGCAGUAAAAACAAAAAAGACACUGAUAAAGUACACGUUGAUAUAAGCGAGUUAAAGAGACAAGCUGAAAUUGAAAGGGCUGCAAUAAAAGAAUUGGAAAAAAAUCCCCAAUACCAGAAAUUAGCGGAGGCAUUCAACACUCAUAACCAUGUUCAUUUACGUGAAUCAGAAACAGAAGAAAACGAUUUAAUUUCUUUGGGCACAAUACGAGACUACAAAAGCAGCAAAUGUGAGCAAGCUCACAAACCUUCGUCAUUAAAUCUGAAUUCGCAUUCACAUUCCCAUGGACACACGCAUUCUCACGCUACUCACAAUCCAUUAUUAGUACUCAGUACCGAACAAAUUAGGAAAAAUGCAGGCGUAAGAAUUACAUGGGUAGGCUUGGGUGUAAACGUUGGUAUUGCCAUAGGCAAAUUUUUUGGCGGUAUCGUAUUCCAUUCGCAAGCAUUGUUUGCUGAUGCUAUUCAUGCAAUAAGUGACAUGGUUUCUGACUUAUUGACUUUGCUUUCAGUGGGGCUAGCAGCCAAUAAGCCAACCGCUGACUAUCCAUAUGGGUAUGGGAAAAUUGAAACCGUUGGUUCCUUGGCAGUUUCAACAAUCUUAGCCAUGGCUGGCAUAUCUAUAGGUUGGAGUUCCCUGUGUGCACUCGUAGGACCCAUAGUUCCACAUGCAAUCAUUGACACCAUAGGAAACUUAGGUCAUGCUCAUACUUAUUCCGAAGACAUCAUCGAAGAUGUUACUGAUAUCAAUGCCGCCUGGAUUGCAGCCGCUUCCAUUGCAGCUAAAGAAUGGAUAUUUAGAGCCACGAGAAAGAUUGCUAUCGAUACUAAUUCAAAUGUACUAAUGGCAAAUGCUUGGCAUCACCGUGUUGAUUCGUUAACUUCUCUCGUUGCUCUGGUGGCAAUUAGUACUGGUUACUUGGUUAAUAUACAAUCAUUAGACACGAUUGGUGGUUUGAUUGUUUCCGGUUUGAUUAUUAAAGCUGGUGGUGAGGGUAUGUGCAUUGCGAUAAAGGAGCUAAUCGAUCAGUCAGUCUCUCGUGAUGAUCCGCGCUACCUAGAGAUAGAAACUUUGGUUAAGGAUACGUUGAAUAAACUGAUCUCCAAUAAUAAUUCCCAGAAACCUUAUGAAUUGAAAGAGCUGACAUUACUGUCCUCCGGGCCCAACUUACGUGGACAUUUAACCUUAGAAGUUCCUUUACAAAAAUGGGGCAAUAUUUUAGGUGUUAAUGAGUUCGAAGUUGUAACACAUCAUUUACGUGAUGUACUAACCAAUGACGUAUCGAAUUUAAGAAGACUAGAUAUCGAAUACGUGGAAGAAAUAAAAGGCGAGGAGAAUGAGCAAGGUGAGGGACCAGAAAAUUACAAAGAGACUGUUCUUACCAAGCACAACCAUAUGCACACUCAUAAUUGA